AUGGAGCUGACGACCGUAUCCGUGGGCAAGUUCCCGCAGGAGUACACUGAGGAACAGAUCAUGGCCAUCGCCAAGCUGGUGGGCCCCGUGAGCGACGUGAAACUCAUGUUUGACGACAUGACGGGCCGGCUGAAAGGGUUUGCCCAUAUCCGCUACAACGACGUCGAAACCGCCCGCCUGGCUGUCCGCAACCUCAACUACAUGCCCAUCGCCAACAACCGCUACUUGCGGUGUGUGUUCACCACCGACACCCACACCGACGCCCAGCUUCCCCAGUUGCCCCUCGGACUGCAGAUCGCCAUGAACCAGCAGGCGGACCGCGUCGUCGACGACAUCGUCGCCCAGCUCGACAACCUGACGUCGAUGGCGGUGAUCGCCGACUUGAAAAAGAUGUGCCAGGACAACCCCGAGUUGGCGUGUGUGUUGUUUGAGCGCUACCCGCAGUUGGGGAUGGCGGCGGUCGACAUUGCCAUCAAGACCGGCGCCACUAACCCGGAUAUUGUCGGGCUUGUGCGGCGCCACCGGUCGCGAGAAAUUGUUGAGCUCUCGCCCGAACAGCUCCACUGGCUCCGGCAAGUUGCGGUGGUGCCCGCGUCGGACUUUGACGACGUUGGCGACGCCGCCGCCACCAUGCGCCAGCUCCAGGAGGACGUCAUCGCCGGGAGGUUCGGCGACAUUUCACAUGCAAAUUGA